UCGAGUCACGUGUUGACGAGACCAAGCUCGUCGCGUCUCAGCCGCGACCCUCUUCAGCCUUCCGACCUCGACGACCAUUCAACCACAUCUCUGGUCUCAAGAAACUUCGGCACGGUUGGUCAAUCGUACGUCUCAGACUCACGGUAAGAGUGCAUACCCGAGUCUGCAGGAAAUCACACGGAGUGUCAAAUAAACGGAAAAAUCUAUCGCUGCCUCGAGUAGAAGUCGCAAUGGCCAUCCUCGAUGCAGUCCCUGGCCUCGAAGUCUCCGUCUGCGUGGAGAAUACGGCGCUUGAAGAGUACCGUGAUGAUGAACCUGUUGGAGUAUACCAAGCAGCGAGGACUGUCUCUAAAUAUGUCGAGGCCAUCUCCAACAAGGCGUUCACAGUCAAGAUAUCGCUUGGCAAAGGUUUCGACUUCGAUUGCGAUUGUCUUUCAGCAGAGGUCUACAUCGACGGCAAAUGGGCCAAAUGCCCGUUAAUCCUGAAACACAGAUUCAAUGCUCAUCUUCGUGGUAAUAGUGUUUUGAAACCAAUCACCCGCGAAGCAGAGGGCUAUUCUAUCGCAGCACCGGGAAACAUGGGACAAGAAUUCAUUAAACCCUUUAAGUUCUGUCAAAUUGAUACGACAACUGACGAUGACAAGCUCCGAGAUGUCAAGAAAGACGCUGAAACGAUAGGAUCAAUUGGUGAGAUCGAGGUCAAGGUCUAUCGCUGCAAUGCGAUCUCGGAAGUCGAUGCAUAUUUACCACUGGACGCACCUACAUCGCUGAGCACCAAGGUACACGAGAAGGCCUUGAAGGGCAAUUCGAAAAGUCAUAGUGUGAACUUUGAUGCCGCGACAAAGCUUGUUAAGAAGGACUAUUUCAACGUCAACAAAAUCGAUGGUAUUAACUACCCGAUCGCCGUAUUCAAGCUCAAAUAUAGAUCGAGAGCCGCGCUUAAGAGUCUUUUGGUUAUCGAGCGAACACCAUCCCCGGAGCCUGAGCGCGUCCCAGCUUCGCCCUCGCCUUCGCCCCCUCCAGUAGACCUGAAUAAUCUCGAUGCUGCUCAGAAGCGGCAGGUGGCACGCUUUCUGAAGGAUAUGAACCGAGGCAGAAGCGCUUCAGGCACCCCCACGAUCAAGCGAGAACGUGCAGAUGACGGAGGUGCUGAAUCGUCGAAGAGAAGAAAGGCCGGAAAGAAGAUCACCAUCGAUUUAACAGAGGACUCAGAUGAGGAAAACAUUGCCCCUGCAAAUUAGUUGAUGACACGCUCCUAGGGAAAUGCGAUCAGCAUUCUGCAAUCUUUUUUCUUGCUUGUACGGGCGUGGACAGAGGCGUUGACGGCGCUGGAUACUAUACCAGGAUGAUUUGCGUUGAUAUUGCUCAGGAAUAUUGGUAGACAUGAUGGUUUUCUGGAAGGGCAGUGGCUGGUCUUCCGUAGAAAAUGCUUCAGUGCAAUGAAG